CGGGUCAGAAACAAUCAGGCAGAAAGGUACAAUGGGAGCAGGCAGAAGAAUGGUCAGGAAUAGCUGGGGUCAGUGCUGGGGUCAGUGCAGGCAGAGUUCUAUCAGAGUCAGAGUCAAGCAGGAGAGUCGAGCAGGCAGGAGACAGGAUACAGGAAACAGGGCACAUGGGAAACAAACACCAAGGCACUGACUGCAGGUCUGGCCAUUCCUUAAAUACACCUCCUGCAAUCAGCCUCAGGUGAUGGCUGACUGCAGGAGUGAGCUUCUGGUUGCUGAGAGCACCCGCUGGCCAGCCCUGGUACUGCAGCCCACAAGGCAGGUGAGUCCCACCACCAUUGGCGAGUCCAUUCCUGACACCA